CAAUCUCACUGCGCCUGUCACCACCAGCGACAUUGACAUCACCAUUCAAGCCGUUCCGCGUAAAUAGCAACCACCAUCAAGUCAGAACCCUCUCAACAACAACCAUCAUCAUGUCCGCCGCCACCCCGCUCAAAAUCGGCUUCGUGCCCGAGCACUUCUCCACCCCCAUCCACUUUGCCCAAAAGCACUAUGGUCUCUCCGCCGAACUCAUCCCCUUCCCCUCCGGCACCGGGCACAUGAUCACCUCUCUGCGCUCGGGCGAGAUCGACGUCGCCGUCGGCCUGACCGAAGGCUGGGUCGCCGGACUCGGCAAGGACCCCUCCACCACCCAGGACGCCUCUUUCGGCACCGACGGCGGCUACCGUCUGGUCGGCACCUACGUCGAGACCCCUCUGUGCUGGGCCAUUUCGACGGGCGCGGACCGUCCCGAGAUCCAGUCGGUCGACUCGCUCAAGGGCGGCAAGAUUGGUGUGUCGAGGAUCGGAUCGGGCAGUUACGUGAUGGGGUACGUGCUGGCUGACCAGCGCGACUGGCUGGUGCCGACGACGGCGGUGGGCACGGACAUGGAGACGGCUUCCCCGUUCAGCGACUUUGUGGUGCUCAACACGUUCAAGAACCUGCGGGACGCGGUCAAUUCCGGGGAGGCGGAUUUCUUCAUGUGGGAGCACUUUACCAGCAAGAAGUACUAUGACUCGGGCGAGAUCAGACGCGUGGGCGAGAUUUACACGCCCUGGAGCAGCUGGAAGAUCGUCGCUUCUACCAAGCUGUUUGACGAGCAAAAGAAGCUAGACGAGCGCGUCGAGGAGGCCAUGGAGAAGAUUAACGAGGGUAUCAAGCACUUUGAGGAGCACCAGGAUGAGGCCGUCAAGUAUAUCAGCACGGAGCUCGAUUACUCGGAGGAGGACGCGCGGGAGUGGUUGAAGACGGUCAAGUUCCCCAAGCAGGUACAGGGUGUUGAUCAGGCGGUGAUUGACAAGACUGUGAACAUUUUGAGGAAGGCGGGUGUGUUGACGGAGGGACGGGGCAUGAAGCCUGAGGAAAUGAUUGCCAAGACGAGGUAAAGGGUGAUGAUAAUGAAUGGACACUCGUUGGUUAGGUGGAUUCGCUUCGUCAGCCAACCGACUUUCCCCGUAAUGAAUGAUUAGGACAUGAUAGACAAAAUGCGAUGCUUUCGGAA